AUGCUACAGGUCAUCCAUGGCUACCCCCCGUCAGGUGCGUCCCCCUCCAUCCCCCCGUCUCCCGCUCACCGUCUCUCGUCCCCAGUCGCCGCGGAUGGCGUCCUCCAUUUCCGCCCCUCCCCCAUCCGCCGCAUGCCCUCCAUGAAGUUUCUUGACCUCAACAACGACGUCCUCGCCCUCAUCCUCUCCUUCGUCCGCCCCCCAGACGCCAUCCAGCUCGCCCUCACCUGCCACGACGCCUACUCCGUCGCCAUGCCCCGCUUCCUCUCCGACGUCGUCCUCGGCGGCGAGGACUCGUCCCUCAGCGGCCCAGACCAGAUGACUCUCUUCUGCAAGUACAUGCUCGCCGACGUCCGCGGCCGCCUCCGCCAUCUCCGCAUCCUCGACGUCCAGGAGGGCGCAUUCGUCUCCAUCUCCGAAAAGGACGGUCUCGAAAUCUGGAAGGAUGACUACUCGUGCGCCCUCAUCUUCGCAGACAUGCUCAGCCAGGCCGUCAGUCUCCGCAAGCUCCACAUCCGCGACCUCGAGUCCCUCCUCCAGACACAGCCGGCCGUCGCAGACGCCUUCACCAAACUCGAGUACCUCCGCGACCUUUCCUUUUCCUACGUGGGCAAGGAGACCCUGGCCAUGCUCAAGCGCACAAUCUGCCGCCCGUUCCGUCUCGAGUUUGGUCUCUGGAAGGACGGCAGCGCGCGCGUAAAGGGCGAUACCGAGUCAUUUGACCACUAUGCCUCCUCCCUUAAGCAGCUCAAUCUCUGGAAGUGCGCCUGCCUUCUCGAGAGCCUUAGCGACCAGUACGUCUCCCCCGGCGUACGCGUUCUCGGCCUCGGUGGCCGUGUCCCCCUCCUGUCCACUAUCUCCCGUGAGUUUCCGAACGUGCGGACCAUCACUUUCGCCCCCGAAUGCUCAAUUGAAGAGGAGGCGCCGAAACCAGUUUGGUCCAGCCUCGAUUACGUGGACACUAGCUCCCCCCUGCCGUACUUUUCGUGCGCGGUGCGUCACCUCGAGCUGCGCUACGUCCUCGGGGCCGCGCUUGUUCGCUUCUCGCGUGCACAGGUCAUCGCCCGUACGGUGGAGCUCCUCAGGCAGACCAGCCCCGUGGUCUUGUCGUGCGUGAUAGAGGCCACGCUCGCCGGGGACGUUCUUGACAGGAUGGUCAGCGUGAUCCCGCGCUUGCGGUUCCUGGAGCUCGUCACAAGCGCAGACGAAUCGCACGCCCGCGAUAACAGUGACGAUAUUAUGUCCUGGAUGAACGAACACGUCCCCCGCUUUGGAAAAAUUCCCCUCGUCGGCCUGUCCCUCUACGGCAGCACCAGCCUUGGACACGGCGGCGGCAGUACCUUUGACGCCAACACCGUCCUCGCGAUCGCCCGCCGCGCAGCCAUGCACGUGCCAAGUCUUAAAUAUAUCGGCGUCGGCCUCACCUCGAGGAACGACAAUUUCCAAGACACCCGCGGAGAUGCUGUUUGGUUCCGCGUCAAAAUGCGCAUAGACGGCCGCGAGCCCAUCCUCGACAUGCUAUCCAACGGCAAGGGCGAAAGCGUCGAGUGUGAAUUGCGCGCCCUCGACCGCGUCACUCCGUAG